CCUUGUUCGAGCUGCAGCACUGGCAUCCUUAUCAUCUUUAUCUAUCAGUAACAAUUUAAGAAAACAAAGGAAAAUCCGAAAAGAAGCUGAGGAUACAGUUCAGUUGGGUAUGACUCUGGGGUUGGCAAUGAAUGGGAAGGAAGCUGAAGUUGUGGAGCGAGUAAUUCAGAUGGAAGUUGAAGACAUGGAUAGAGUGAAGGCAAAAGGGGUGGAGCCAGGUGCUUAAUUUGAGCACUUGGUAGGUGGUUCUAGCGUAUAAUUGUAUCCUCAUGAAAAUUCUUUCCUGGAAUGUUAGAGGCUUGGGUAGGGCAGAUAGAAGGCAAAGGAUUAAGGAAUUUCUAAGUCAGAAAUAUGUGGAUAUGGUUCUGCUGCAAGAAACAAAACGGUCAUGUAUGGAUGAGAGUGGUGUUAGGUCUUUGUGGCCUAUUGAUUCGGUGGAAUUCAUGGAAGUGGGCGCAGAUGGUAGUGCUGGAGGGCUUCUUUGUGUAUGGAACCCUCUGAUCUUCUCAUUAAAGGAGUGCUGCUGUUUCAGAAAUUUCAUACUAUUGGCAGGUAUUAUGCACUCUUCUAUUAAUUGUGUAAUUUGUAACAUUUAUGCUCCAAAUGAAGAUUUGAAUAGGAGAAGGUUAUGGGGUAUUCUUUCCAAUUUGAAGUCUAUUUUUCCUAAUCCUUGGUGCCUAGGGGGUGACUUUAAUGAGGUAAAAAAUAUUAGUAAAAGAAAAGGGUGUGUAAGAAGGGACAGAGGAAUUGGUGAGUUUGUAAAUUUUAUUAGCAACCUUGAAUUGG